AAACUUCAUUCCACUUUGAACGCGCUUAAUAGAAACGCAAGCCGGAGGAAUUUGUAUUCAUAAGCUGAAACGAAAAACCGUGAAAAAAGGAAUAUGAGUUCCUCUAUUGCAGUGUGCUAGUGAUGAUAAAUGCAUAGCCUGUGCUGCGUUUUUUACUUAGUCUGCUGAUGCUGGGCUCUGAUUGGCUGCGAUGAGAAAAUAUAUGAGCUUAAAGGGUCACGAACACUUGAGUAGCCGAUACUUCAUUCUCAGGAGAGAAUAUGGAGACCGCUGGGGCCAUGAAUUGUGACACUUGCCAAAAAUCUUACGAAUCAAGUGAUACUUCUCCUACCUGUCUAUCAUGCGGGCACAUUUUCUGCAGCACCUGCAUUAGUAGUCUUACUUCAACGAAAAUUAAGUGUCCAAACUGCAAUGCAAUUAUUAGUGUUUUAAGUGCCGAGGACAUUGAUUUGCUGAAUACAACUUUCUACAAAAGUCCCUCCACUAAGUCCCUCCAUCUACCCGAAGUACCUGGGAAAAACAAAGAUGUUUCUUUAGAGGGUGAAACAACACAGAAAAGUAUUCGAGAUAGCUUUGAUGCAGUGAAUAUUAAUCCUAUCCCGCAACUUAAUUCAGAUGAAGAAGGUGCUACUGAACAAAUGAAGUUACCGAGUUCUUUUCCUUCUACUGGAGAAGAUGAAGAAAAGACAGAAGAUCUAAGAUUUAUUGAUGAAGAAAGCUGUCAAGAGUACCCCAUGGUUCUUACUCAAAGCUGUGAGUACGCUGCAGACUCUGAAUACAGACAGAGAAAGGCGUCAGUAAAUUCAUGGUGCAAUGCUCAAUCAUCACUUUGCCCUGACCUUUCGAACCUUGCGACAGAGGAGCUUGAUCUGCAUAACACCUCAAUUUGCAGAGAGUUAGAAAAAUCAACUGAUGAUGUUAUUCAGCUGGUUGCAGAUUCCACAGACCUUCGCUCAGAGCGUUCAGUCGGACUAUCACUAGAACAAUAUAUUUCCGGGUGCAUGCUGAUGAAAGACAACAUCUCCGAACAAACGCAACAACAACUGCUUGAUGUUAAGAGCGACAUCAGGAAAGACUCCCUCGUAGUCCAUCAUUCCAAUUCUUGCGAUUUCGAUAGCGUUGUCGAAGCCCGCGAAACCGACAGCUCUUCAGUACAUGACUGUGAUUUCAGGAUCAUCAAGAAUAACGAACUCCAAAAAUUUGCUGAUCAAGUCCAGAUUUUGCACGAAGUUUUGGAAACUGUUGACGACGCAAUUUUAACUUUAAAGGUGGAAGAAAAACAUCACGAGUCGACGAAGCACAAACUUCUGCAACAACUGCAGGAAGAGGAGGAAAGCAUUGAAUCCUUAAAGGCCAAGAUGAAGGAGGCUGAGAGAAAGAAGAUGGCUGUGCAGCACCUGGCGGAGACCCUUCAAGAGGGCGAAGAAACAACUGCUGCAGCAGAGUCGGCUGAAGAACUGCAGCAUUUCGUUGACAGAUCAUCUGCUACGAUGGCUCUAGCAGAAGAUGUCGGGACAAAAACAGAACUGUACUACAUGCAGUAUCUGCUGUCGAGAAAUGUGCAUAAACCCGAAUAUCUGGAAAGAAUGAUAGACCUUGGUGAGGAGGUUUUUGCCGAAUACCUAGUGGAGGGCGAGAGGCGGUGGGCCCGAAUUUCGCUCUCAGAUAGUCUGAUUCAUCUGCACGCUUUGAAGCCAAAACCUCCUCCUUCGAAAAGCCGAAUUUUGCCGUGGUCAUGCCUCCGAGAAAUGGUAUCAACGGACAAGGCGGCCACUUUUCUAGACAUUAGCGUAGCUGGCAUCAAGCAAGGCAGAGUCUACUUGUCGAUGCACGGAAACACUCCCAGAGCCCAGCAGUUCGUGCUGCUUUCAUCUGGCGAACACAGGCACUGCUACAGAAAAGUCAAGAUGAAACAAGUGGGCAACAUCGAGCAGCCCGGAGAAUACGUCAGUUUCCAUGGCCCGAAGAACGCCAAAGGCUUCCCUAUCAGGGGCGCCGUGAGUGGCAUCACGCAAGGGGGAAUCCACACCCGGAGGAAAUCGAGAGGUCUUCUGGCGGGCGCGGCACUCUCUCAUAGACAGAGGACCCUCUUCGUUGUGUACCUUUCACCUGAUCCUGACGAGGACACGACUGGGGCCUUUGGGGAAGUCACCCGGGGCAUAGAAGUUCUUAGCAAAGUUUCUAGACACAGCCCCGUCGAGGAAGUAGAGUUAGGAGAUUGUGGGCUGAUCAUUCCUCUGCCAAGCUCAGCAAUGUGAAAUAAAAUAAAUGUAAAUAAGCUAUUUUAUUGCUACAGAUAGAUUUCUCUAUGCAAUAACUAGAAGUCUUUUCAUCAAGGAGCACUUAUUAAGCUUAUCUGAACGAAUACAUGCAAAUGAAAUAUAAGGCCUUAUAAAUGUAUGUGAUUUCAAAGAGUAUGUACACUUGUAACGCGAAUGUGAUACUAAAGUGAUGAGUCCACAAGGAAAAAAACACCGGGCAUUCAUUGUAUGGGAACACUUCGUCAUCAAAUACUUUCAUUGUUGAACCAUGUAAAAACACGCAUAUAAAAGAGACCAUUAUUCAUGUUUUAAUAAAGUCUUUUAAUCAUAAGAGGGACUAUCCAAUAAAGGUAGUAUAUCACCUUU